AUGAUGUUUCCUGUAUGGUGGUUGGUUCUCAGCAGCUUAUUGGGUGCAGAAAUGUUGGGGGUUCACUUUCUCCUAUCGAUAACCGGAAGUGCUUCCAUCUGCAAGGCUUUUACCGUAGCCGGCCGAGUGCGAUGCGGGCGAGUAGUCCGCCGUGAGGCCGAUGGCCGGCUGAGGGGGAGGAGGAGGAUGGGAUGGCUGUCCCCUCCCCUCGUCCUCUGUCUGACGGUGCUGGGCCAGUGCUGGGCCGUGUGCCGCCUCUCCGAGCACAGCUGCGACAACGGGCGCUGCAUCGAGUCCGGGAGAUACUGUGACGGCACGGACGAUUGUGGAGACCUCAGCGACGAGCCACCAGCCUGCACCAAUUGCAACCGCACGUACUAUGCGGAGGUGAAUAUCAAAACCCCCCUCCGCAUGACCACUCCCUUUCGGAGGCCGUUGCCGUAUGUGUGCAGCAUGACGUUCGUGGCCGCGGGCGGGGACUACGGGGACAUCGUUCAGCUCACCUUCCUAUCCUUUCAGAUCGGGACGCUGGAGACGGACAGCAAAAACUCUCCAUCUUGCAACAAGGGCUACUUGCAGAUCGUAGAACCUCCAGCAGUAACGAGUGCUCUUCUAAGUCAGCAGACCAGAGGCUUCUCUCAGCUCAUAUCGGCAUUGAAAGAACCAACAGAGCAGCUAUCAUCCCUUUUUGAUACCAGCAGAGGCAACCCCAAUUUCGGUCGGUUUUGUGGUGACAUGAUUGGCAAAAGCGCAACUUUCUACACAGAAGGAAAUAACGUCACAUUGCGAGUGGUAAUCCCUGGUAAAGCAGCUCUCCAUCCUUUUUCUUUCAGUGUAUACUUGACCUACAAAUACCUAACAAAAGACACUGUUGCUACGAAUGUGCCCAAGCCGCAGCCUACCGUGCAAGAGGAAGAACAGCAACAGCAACAACAUCCAGCCGUUGCGAAAAGCCCAGUGUCCUUGAGCAACAGCAAUUAUUACUAUGGAACCAGACUAAUGAACACAUACUGUGAUAGGGUUCUUGUUAAUUGCGAUCGAAAACGGUGUUCUAUUCGAUCGCCAAAUUUCCCAGGGUUUUACCUGAGAAACAUAACGUGUCACUAUUGGGUGAGGCAAGAUCACGUGCCCCAUGGACGUCAUGCAAGCAUAAUUCUUUCUCAGUCUAACGAGUAUAAGAUAUCAUUAUAUACUGGAAGAUCUAGUCCUCUUUCGUACCCACAUGUGUCACUCACGGAGGAAUGCCAUAGUGACGUUAUUAGGAUUUUUGAUGGACCCACAACUAACUCCCCACUGUUGAUUGAAUUCUGUGGUGCUGGUACUUUACCUGAAAUUAUAUCCAGUAGUCCAGAAGUUUUGGUACAGCUAUACAGCAGCCCGAACCAAGUAAUGCAUAACUCCCAUGCAGAAAUCGAUGUCGAAGUAAGAUUCACUGAUACAUCAGAUUACAGAGCUCAUAAUGGACGUUGCGAAUUUACCGUCGAUGGCUCAAAGCACCGACACGGAUUAGUUUAUAGCCCUCGCCACACUGUUCCAAGGAACACCACCUGCAUUUUCAAACUUCAAGGUGCAAGCGACUAUGACAAGAUAUGGUUCUACUUCUUGUCCUAUUUUGUCGAGGAUAAACAUCCGUGGUCCAGACGGGAGACCUGUGAAAUUGGCAAGCUGGAGCUUUACGAACCUGGUGGUACCCGCAAACGUGACACAGCAGCAUUACUGGUGAAGAUUGAUGAUUCUACUAACGACAGAGGUUUAUUGGAUAGGAAAACAGAAGAACCUUCUUAUCGAUUCUGUGAGAAGACCUUUCCGAAGGUUUGUGCCAGAGCAGCUGACAAACCAGACUAUGUCCCAGUCCGUCCAUGCAAGGUUCCAGACGAGAGCUAUUUGUCCCGUGGCCCGGGGCUUAUCAUCAAGCACAACGUGUACACCACACCCGAAUUAUCAACUACUAGCAGCUCUUUUACGCUUCGAUACGAAUUUGUUGACAUGCGACAGCAUGGGGUAGCAGCAGUAGCAGACAGCCCAGAUCCGUGCAACAGACGCUUCGAAAGCCGUACAAACCGAAUAGGAACUGUGAAAUCUCCACAAAAUGUGUUCCUUUUUGGAAGAGGUGGCAGUGCAAAUGUGUCGUGUUCUUAUGAGUUCUUUGGAUUACCAUCAGAGCGUGUUGUUCUAACGUUCACAGAUAUUAAACUCCGUUCUACCAACUGCGAACACAUAUACGAUCCCAUAAUGGAGAGGCAUACAUGCCGUACUUUGAAGACUUAUGGGUAUUCCUCGCCAACCACAGCAGCUGUUAUCAAGGUCGUAGAAAGGACUACAGGGAAUAUCCAGUCACCAUUGGCUUGUUUCUGUGACCUCCAGUCAGAGCCAAGGAGACCACUGGUCAUUGAAUCUGUGACCAAUAACGUCAGGGUAUCUUUCACAGUGACGAACAUGUCGCCUUUUGAUGACUUCAACCACUUUGGAUUUGAAGCGAUGUAUGAGUUUUUACCUAUAUCUUUCUGUGAGGCAAAUAUCCAUAGGAAAAAUGGGUCUAGUGAAGGAGAGGUAGUCUUUCAAGUACCAUCCACAGUUGAAGGCCGAGCCAUGCCUCUCCGGUGUCGAUGGCUUUUAGAAGCUUCUCCUCACAAGUACCUCUACCUAAGAUUCAAAGGCACCGACGGUGCAGAAGGCUGUCUGUCUGGCAACAAAAUCAUCGUCUAUGCUGGCUUACCUGUUCAACCACUGUCGGUGGUGUGCUUGCAUGGCGGACGCAAGACUCCUACAUCAAUAGCUGGUGCCGAAUCUGCAUCGUCCUCUGCAGCCAAUGAAAACAGAGAGGUUGAUGUCUUCUCCAACUACUGGUAUAAUGAUACUGGCCAAGACGGUAAUGGUCGGCAUGUCUUAAGGGAUCAUGUCUACAUUGAGGUGCUGGCCAACCAUGCAGAGACUGUACGUUUCGAAUGGAUGGAAGUGACCAAACCCUUCUUUCGGACAAGGGGUGGCCAGGUCUUGAGGGAUGUGAACUGUCCUUUCGAAUGUCCUGAGCUGAAUGCUUGUAUCGCACCAGAACUGUGGUGUGAUGGGAGGAAGCAUUGCCCAUCUGGUUAUGAUGAGGCACCAGCACAUUGCGACAGAUUCCCUACGUCAUAUGUAGCUGCUGGUACAUCCGCUGGUGCUAUAAUUUUGCUGCUGGCACUGGCACUGAUCACAAUACGAUGCAGGCAGAGAGGGGAGUUCAAAGAAUCCAGACCUGUGCCAACAGAAGACUUUCCGAUGGACAGCCCGCACGUGAAAUAGAUGUGUUUUUUAAAAGAGAUGUUUGGUGUUUCGAUCUUAUUUGUGGCACACUUUUUUUAUUUUUUAAAUUUUUUGUUUUUGAUAUGUGACACUAUACUGUUUACCCAAGAAGGUGCAUAAGGCUAAACUGUACUUUGGCAGAAUUACAGUACUUAUAACCUGUAAGAUCCCAAGUUACUCAGUUCUAAGUGACUGAUUAACAGUUCUAUGUAAAAUGGUUUUGA